AUGAAGUGGAGCGUCCUUACUACAACCCUUCUCACCACCUUCUCCAGCCUGCAAACAGCAGCAGCGCAGGACGACCUCUUGACCAACGUAACCAUCUUUACACCACCACGCAACUACACCGUCCCCCGCACCCUCUACGCCCGCACCCUCCUCCUCAACCAAAACUGCAAGCAUGAAGACCAAAACACCCUCCUCGCAACCUGGGAGAACUAUCUCCCCAACAACAACUCCUUCCCGUACAUGCCCAUCUACCAAUCGCUGGAUCUCGGGGAGACGUGGACGGAGCGGAGCAGGGUUUACGACCAAGUGAACGGUUGGGGGUUGAGGUAUCAGCCGUUUUUGUACGAGCUCGCGGAGCCGAUUGGGGAGUUUGAGAAGGGGACGGUGUUGUUGGCGGCGAGUAGUAUUCCGGAUGAUUUGAGCGAGACGCAGAUUGACCUCUAUGCUUCAAAAGAUAAAGGCUACACCUGGAAAUUCGUCUCCCACAUCGCCCACGGCGGCCUCGCCCUCCCCAACAACGGCCUCACACCCGUCUGGGAACCCUACCUCAUGACCUACCAAGGCGAGAUGAUCUGCUACUACUCCGACCAACGCGACAACGCCACUUACGGGCAGAAACUCGUGCAUCAGGUCUCCCCCGACCUGCUGUCUUGGGGCCCCGUGGUCGACGACGUCGCGCAGCCCAAGUACACCGAUAGGCCUGGUAUGCCGAUCGUCAGCGAGCUGCCGAAUGGAAAGUACUUCUUCACGUACGAGUUCGGCGGCGGCCCUGUGGAUGGGAAUUCGAGCGGGGAUUAUACGUUUCCUGUUUUCUACCGCAUCAGCAGCGAUCCGCUCGACUUCGACAACGCGGAGGACCACGCGCUCGUGGCGACGGAUGGCACGGUGCCGGUGUCUUCUCCGUACAAUGUCUGGACCCCCGCUGGUGGGGAGAAUGGGACCAUCGUUGUGACUUGUGGCACGCUGUCGGAGGUGUUCAUCAACCAGGCUCUGGGAGCUGAGGAUGCGUGGGUCAAGGUGGAGACGCCGGAGGGGGUGAGUUAUACGCGGACGUUGCUUGUGCUGCCGGAUAAGAGCGAGAUUUUGAUCACGGGUGCUGGGGAGUUGGGGGGGAAGCGGAAUAAGGUGACGACGAGCUCGAUUGAUUUGGAUGAUGAUGAGUAG